UACGCACGCAGCAAGGGACAAGCCAUCGUCCAAUAAGGCGCACGAGCUGCGAGCUCAUUCUUCAAUUUGCAGUCGCCCAAAGAGAUCUCAUCUAAACAAGAGACGACGGCAAUGUCCGUUCCUCAGACGUACCGCGCGUACCAGUAUGACCACUACGGUCCGCAGGAGCAGGAGCUCAAGCUCCGUCUGUCUGUAAAGCGGUCAGAGCUCGGGCCUAAUCAAGUGCGUGUCAAAGUGAUUAGCGCUGCCAUCAACCCCAUCGACUACAUCUUGUUGGAGCAGGCAGGCGAGGCCUUCACCGGCAAAGUGCCGACGCCCGAGAAGCCGUUCGGUAUCGGGUUCGACGCCGCCGGUAUUGUCGUGGAGGUGGGUAGCGAGUCCAAGCGUCUCAAAGUGGGCGACCAGGUGUACGCCAUGACUCCUUUCAAUGCAUGCGGCACAGUGGCUGACUACGCGGUAUUCGACGAGGAUCUAGUGGCUCUAAAACCUAAGAACUUGACGUUCGACCAGGCAGCCAGCAUCCCGCUGAUCGGACUCACCAGCUACCAGGCUCUGGUGGAGCACACGAAGCUCCAAAAGGGCGAAAGCGUGCUCAUCCUCGGCGGCAGCAGUGCCGUGGGCAUGUUCGCUAUUCAGUUGGCACACGCCAUUGGAGCUCGUGUGAUCACGACCACGAGCGCUAAGAAUGCCGACUUUGUCAAAGGUCUUGGCGCGGAUCGUGUCAUUAACUACCAUACGCAAAAGUGGGGACAAGAGCUUGAUCCACACUCGGUGGAUGUGAUCUACGACUGUGGCAUGGAGGCUGACGCGUGGAAUACGGACGCGCAGUUGAUCCUGAAGCAGAACACCGGGCGCUUUGUAUCGCUGCUGCCGAUCACGGAGCCUGUCCAGCCUGCGAAGUAUGGCGCUAAGAAUAUUGGCCAAGUACUCGUAUACCCGACGGCGAAGGGGCUGGAUGAAAUCACGUCGUACCUCGAAGAGGGAACGAUUGUCCCCAUUAUCGACACUGUGUACGAGUUUGAAAAGCUCCACGCGGCUCUGACCAAGCUCAAGGGAAGACACUCGCGUGGAAAGCUGGUGAUCAAGGUGAAUCCAGAAAGCCAAGCGUAACUGGAUAUUACAAAAUCGUAUCCGAAAAACUUGUCAAUUUCCCAAAACUUGCGUAACAAACGAAAAACUUGUUCUUACUUUCAAUGCAAAUUAACGGAUACAAUACUUCGACUGACAAACAUCCUGGUUACAGCGA